AGCCGAAGCGGGGUUUUUUUUUUUCAAAAAGGCAAAUUUGCCUUAUUUCUCGUUCGACUUGCUGCGCCAACAGCAGCAACAACAAAUAGCCGGGUAAGGUACAACUUGAAGUAAAAACAAGGGCAAGACAGACAGCAAAUAUAUAUACGAAGUUUGCCCACGUGGAAUAGCGGUGCAAUGAACCGGCUGUACGCCAAGAAGUCGGCUCAGCAAGAUCGCCUGGCGCAGCUUAGCGAUGACAACGCUUUUGUGGACGUUGAGGCCGCGUUGAAGCGCAUGGGCGAGGACGCCUUGUUGGAGACCUCCACCCCGCAGCGAAACAUCAAGACACCGUCAUCGCCCUACGAUGCAGCUGGAAAGCCAAAUGAAUCAAAAAGUGGGGGUGUCUGGCCCGCAAAGCGCGCGUUCGCCAGCCGCGGUGGGGGAGCCUCGAAAGACGCCCUCCUGAACGGUGCACGGGUGCCGCUUACGGGGAGUCUGCUGGAGCAGCACAAGGCGUACCUGGCCUCUGUCCGUGCCGCAGCGGAGGAGAUAUCGGAAUUGAGCAGCAGUUCGGACUCCGACGUUGGCGAUGAAGGCGGCGGGGAAGCCGUGGGUGGUGGUGCCAACGAGGGAAAGCGCCGGCGGCCCAAGGCGAGUCUGUCCAAACACAAAGGGUCGCAACAGCAGCGGCGCGGCGUGGGAAAGAGCUUGCCGGAGUCGACCUCCUCGUCGGUGGCCUCUCCGGUGUCGGUGGCAGAGCCCGUCGCGGCGGUUUCCGUGCUGUCUGUGAAGACGGAAGGGGCGGAGGGCGCUGCUGCGGCGACACGCACCCGCAAGCGUCUGCGAGGAGACGUGGGCCUUACUGCGGUCAAACACGAAGGAGUUGACACACACAACGAGGCUGCGGUGGCGCCGACAGGGGACCGCGCUCUCCGUUCGUCGCUUCACGCUGAUAGUGCCGCAGAGGAGGAUGGUGGCGGAGCAGCAUCGCCCGCGCUCGUCGCAAAGCUGCACGCACAGCUCUGCUUGAUCGAGCAGUGGCGCCGCACGGUGCUGGACAACCCACCUCAGAUUAUCAACGGUGUCCUGUCCCCUCAGCCAUACGCGCCGUGGACCGCAACGUCCCCCACCGGUUCCGCCGACGCCGACACGAAGUCCAACAAAGUGAGUAGUAACGCAGCGAAUACAACUAAUCCUAGCCUUCUCGACGACUGGAUGAGGGAGGGCAAGCAUGGCGUCUGGGCGGAGGCGGUUGUGCCGUACCCUCUGCUGCAGGUGUACAGUCUGUGCCCCAGCUACGAGGCCCUCACGGCGGCACCAGUGAGCCGGCGACACGUGGAGUGUGUCCGAUGCAGCGACGACACCGACGGCGCAGAGGAAUGCACGAACGCAUUCGCAUCGCUUCCCCUGUCGCACGUGCCGCCGUCAUCGUCACGUUCCGCCAAACGCGCGUCCUCUGCGCAUUCUUCGGUGGAUCAACCUCCGUCGCCCAUUCAAACAGUGGACGUUGCAGGGGUGUCCGUUGCGAUCCCCGUCACCCACCGGCGACGCCACGCGUUGGAGAGACGCAGUGUCCGCCUGCACCGCCCAGCAGCCUUCCUUGACUUCAAAAACGUCGGCAACACUGCUGCCACCACGGCGAGCACAGCGCCGACCAACGGGGACGGGGUGCAGGGGGCGUAUCAGCACCAUUUAUGCUCGGUGUGCAUGCUGCCCGCGUCGUACCGCUGUGUGCGGUGUCGGGUGGCGCUGUUCUGCUCCAUCGAGUGCCACGUCGUGCACGACGCCACGCGGUGUUUGAAGUUUACGGUGUAG